AUAGCAGUUGCUAUAAUAUCUUCGAAAUAAGUCGCAUCCUAAAAAUAAAGUAAUUCUAAUUAAUAAAGUGUUCAAAGUAAUGUUUAACAUUUUAAUUCGGUAGUGUAGUAAGUGUUCUCUGCAAAGAUACCAAAAGUGUUAUAAAGAAAGCUUUGAAAGAAUGAUAUUUUCUCAAAAGUUUUAAAUUCUUUCAAAGAUGAAUUUCUCACCAUUUACAACGUCUUUUGCUAAUGUGAACGUAAAUCAAUUCGCGAAAUUCACUCAAAAUUUAGCGACACCAAAUCAGGUACUGAGUUUAGUUUCGGGCAGUGAUGGAAACGUGCAAUUUUUGCAAACGCAGCCACAAAUGACAUCGCCAGCAACCACAAUGAAUCCUACACAAACGUACAUUACGCUACCAAUUACCAUUCCACCAUCGAAGCCUGGCGAUGCAACUCAAACAUUUCAAAUUCAAGUACUCAAUCCAAAUCCGGUUCCGCAAGCGCCAAAGUUUCAAAUGGGACAAAUGCAAAUUCCAAUUCAUGGUUUGCAACAACAUGGAACAACAGUGUUGACAGUUGCUUAUUCACCGCAAGAAGGUGAAAUUGUUCCGAAUCAAAUGCCUGAUGGAGGGCCUGUAACAGUGUUAGCAGCAAUUCAACCACAAGAUCUUCAACUUCUCGCACAACAAAAUGGUCUUACUCAGCAACAUCUUCAAACCUCAUCACAACAGCAACAAACAUCGGAUAGCGAUAAUGAUAAUCAAGAGAAAGAUCGAGGAAGAGUUAAUAUAAAAACUGAACCAACAUUCUGGGGUCAAGCUCCAGUCACAAUAUCAGCUCCAAACACCUUAACCACUGAUUUAAGCGAAUAUUUUCAAUCUCGUAAUAUGAACCUUCAACCUUAUCUCAAAUUCAACACAGAUGGAAUGAAUAUAAAGAAGGAAAUGUACAGCGAUGCGCUGGCACAACUUCAACUAAGUGACAAUAAUAAUGUAAUUAGUAUCAAUAAUAACUACAAUGCCGAUAAUAGCAAUACGAGUAUGAGUGGCGCGGGUGAUACUCAAGAUCAAAGUGUGGAAAUGGACAUUUCACAAUCAACAGAAAAUGGUGAUGAAAAAAUUGAAUUGGAUGCAAAUGGGAAAGUGAAAAAGAAAAGAAAAAUUAAGAAGAAACCGCCAAAACCGAAACGUCCAAAGCCAGGACAAGUUCAUAUCGCAACAGCACUAGAUGGAACACUUCUCUUCUGUUGUCCUGAAUGUCAAAUGGCUUAUCCUGAAAAGGAGAGUUUGGAAAGUCAUCUUGCUGUUCAUAAGAUUGAUAGAAGAUAUAUUUGCGAUAUAUGUGGGGCUGGGCUGAAGAGAAAAGAGCAUUUAGAAAGACAUAAAUUAGGGCAUAAUCCUGAAAGACCUUACGUUUGUCACAUUUGUCUGAAAGGAUUUAAACGAAAGGAGCAUUUGAAUCUUCAUGCUGUUAUUCACAGUGGGCACAAAACAGAGAUCUGUUCCGAAUGCGGAAAAGGAUUUUAUCGUAAAGAUCAUCUCCGAAAACAUAUAAAAUCUCAUCUUACAAAACGUGCAAAGGAGGAAGCAGCUCAUGCAAAUCAUCAAGAAUCAAAUAAGAUAGAUGUAAGUAUAAAACGAGAGAAAUUAUCGCCGUCAAGUUCGCCGGGUAAUAAUAAUCAACAAACAAAUGAGGAAAUCGUACCGAUAUCAUCGUCACUUUCUAUUCCACAUUUUAAUCUGCCACAGGAAGUUACCAUUCACGCGAUUGAUUCGCUUAAAAAUACAGAGUGCAAUACGAAAGAAAAAAUUGGAAAGUUUGAAAUGAUUAAUCAAAGUUUAUCAGCUCUUCAAAACCAUUCCAACUACAGAAAUUUUCUUUCAAAUGCUGUUCAAAUUCUUUUACUCUUCUGUGAAGACAACGACUCGAAUUGUAGAAUAAGUGCUGAAGAAAAUCUUAAUCGUAUUAUUCGAAAGGCUGAGAAAAAUCAACAAAUUAUUUUAAUUCAAAUCGAUCUUUAUCAUGAAUUGAAAAAGAAUGGAAAUGAACGAUCACUUCGGAUUUGUUUAGGUUUGUUCGCACAUUACAUGAGGUUCAUCAAACAUCGAAGAAGAAAAGUUUACGCUCAAAAUCUGCUUCCUUGCAUUCUGGCGAUUGGGAAAAGAAAGGAACCGCUAGUUAUUGAAACACUUGCUGAGUUUCUUAAAGCAUUCAGUCAACAUCUUAUCAAUUGCUUAACCGAUGGCGAAACAAUGAAACUUAUUGAGUUGUUUUUGGAUAAUUUAUCAGCUGAAUGCGCAAUCAAACGGAGAUGUUCAGCACAAAACAUUCUCACAAUCCUCCAACAUUCUGUGAAGAAAGAUCUUUUGAUCAAAUCAAUUGUUUUAAAUCUUCAAGAGAGUCUGGGAAAGAAUCAAACAACAAGCACAACAUUGGGAACUCUGUCGCUUUUUAGACUGCUCACGUCGAUGCUCGUCGAGUCUAAGGAACAUCAUCAAAAGCUGUUAGAGAUUUUAGAAACCUGUUUGAACAUCUUGAAAAUUGAAACAAAUCAUUCCAUCAUAAAUGCAAACUUAGAAGCAUUGACGUCACUUUUAUCAUCAGCUGAGAAUUGCGAUGAACUGAGAGAACUUUUCACUGACGAUCAGAAAAUGUUACAUAAAGAAAUGUUGCUGUCAAGACGUUCAAUGUCAGCUUUAAUGAAUAUUGAUUCGAGAAAAUCAAGUGACACAGAAACACUGAAGCUUCCAGACAGCUACCUUCAAGUUCCUUCAAUUGCAGCUUCUGUUAUGUCAACACCGAACAAGUCAGUCACAGAUUUCAGUGAUGUUGAAGGCGAUUCCUUCAAAUCAAUUGAUUUUGAUGCUGAAGUGACAUAUUCAUCUUCACCAUCAACUGUUAAAAACUUGAUUGAACGAGGAGCUGAAACAAUGUCACAUAAAUCAACUGAUUCGAUCAAUUCGUUCUUCAAUUCCAUUGCGACAAAUACUGAAACAGUUUCAAAGUUUUUUCGCAAAUCGUCGAGUGAUUCUCCAGCACAUCAAUCAAAGUCCAACGAAUUUAUGGAUGAUGUUUCAAUAGGUCAUCUUAAAGAUGAAAAUAUUGACAUUCCUGACUCUCAAACACUUCCCGAAACAGCUGAAAUGGCAUUGGAAGAUCCACCAAACAAUGAUGAUGAAGUUAGUGAAGUUUUCGUUGAGUCAUCUUCAUCUAUUGAGCAACCAGCAAGGGAACUUUUCAUCGGAUCAAUCUUUGAUCAAAGCAUUGUUGAAUACAUUGUGAGAGUUGUGACUUCAAAGUUUCUUCUCGAUGGCAUACCAAAGAAACUUAUCAGUGACCAAAUCAUUCGAGUUUCUAUUAAGAAUCUCGCACUUUCCGUUGUUUGUGAAUGUGUGAAACUCAAAAGUGAUGUGCUGAUGAUGAAACUUCCCAAAGAUUUCACUGAUGAAUCAAUGAUGGUUGAAAGUCUUCUCAGUUAUUUAGUUGAUGAAGAUUUGCGUCUUGAAGAAGAGGAAAAGAAAAGGAAAAAUGAAAUGCAAGUGAAAGACGAAGAAGUUGCCAAUACGUCGGAGAGUUUCAUGGAAAUCAAAGAUGAUCACUUUGGCGAAUGCACGACUGCAACAUUCCUCGAUUAUUUCUCACCUUUAAGUAAAAGUCUUGACGAUCAAGGAUUAAUUUCAUUGAAAAAUCGAAUUUACGAAGAGAAAACCAAAAAUCGUGAAGAAAGCGCAAAGAAAAUUAAUCGAGAUUUAUGUCAACUCUUAACAAGAUCGGAAAUUGUUGAAUCAUCAAAACUUCCACUCAUGGAAACAACUUUGAAAAUGCCUGAAGAUAAAGAUUGUCAAUUCAUCGUUGACAUUUUAUUGUAUUCAUCACACACAGAUCCAGUGUUAAGAAGUAACGUCUACAUGAUCAUUGGAAAUUUUCUUACUGACAUUCUGAGAAGGAAUUUCGAUCAUCAAAAAUUCAUUUCAAGAAAUGAAAUCGCCAAAGAUGCUUUGGAGUUUAAGAAACUCUUCCAGCUGAUGAUGAAGGGACUGAGAGAUGAAAUUCACACAGUUGUGAAGCAAACUUUGAUGGCUGUGGAGAAGUUGAUCAACUUAAUAAUUUCAGAAAUGCAAGAAAAUGAGGUUGAAGAACUUCUCGAUCAACUUUUAUUGGUGUUUUGUAACAAAUAUUGGCUUGUUCAAUGUAAAUACAGCGACGUGAUAACGAAAAUUGAUUUUAAACUUUUGAAACAUUCAAUUGGUGCUGAGAGAUUUGAAGUUUAUCAGACACAAAUCAUCGAUCAAUUAUUUGAGCUGCUUAAAGAUAGCGACUUUCGAGUGCGCAAUCAUGUCAGUGAACUUCUUCCGACAUUUCUCCUCAAUUUAACCAACAAAGUUGAUAAGAAAGUCACAAGCAGCUUGAAGUCAUUUGUGAACAUUAAUUUAUUGAAUACUUUUGAAGCAUUUUAUGUGAAUUUAAAGGAUCAAGAAGCAUGUGACGAAAGUGUUGAGUUGGAAUUGACGAGAUUUUUAUAUCGGAUGAGUAACGCACUGAUGGAUUUAAAGGAUAAAAAUCAAUAUUUUGGUGUCAUUUACGCUUUGAAAAUUCUCAUCAGAAAAUUCAGUCCAUUAAAGUUUCGCAACGCUUGGAAGGAGUUCAACAUUUUAAACGUUCUCUUGAGUUUCAUCAAUAAAAAUUCAGGAAUUGCUUUGGAUGUUUCAUGUCAAUGUGAUAUGCUUGAAGUGAUUUCAUCUUUGAUUGCUGCAAAUGGAAUAACGAAUCAUACAAUCCCAGAUUACAAUGAAUUUCUGUUACAUUUGAUGAGAAUUCUCAACAUUUUCACACAUCUUUUAAGCAACACGAAGCCUUUGAUUGUUCCAAAACAAAAGGGCAAAGACAUCUUCACAUCAUCAAAGGAACUUGCGAUUAUUAACAGUUUUGGAUUCUUUAGCAACGAUCACUUUUAUUUGAAACUUUAUUUGAUGUUGAAAAGUUCUUAUGAAAGUUAUCGAAUGACAAUCAACCAAGAAGCUGAAGUUAAACUAAGUCAACUGUUGAAUGUGACUUUUAAAUCACUUCAAACAUUGUUGGAACUCAAAAAGAUGAGAAUCGAUCAUGUGAAGUUAAUUGACGAGACUGUCGGCUAUCUCAUUCAAAUAUUUCCAUUCCAACCACAAGAUUGCGUCGUGACAAUAAAAGUUUUGCUGCGAUUUCUCUUUCAAAAGAAUUUCUUAACUCAUGCGAAUCAUCUUCAAUUGAUUCGAAGUUCGGCUGAGAAACAUGACGAAAAGUUUGUGUUUGAGAGUUUUGAGAACUUUUCAACAUUUGAUGCUGAUGAAAGUGUUCGUGAAAAUAGUUUUGAAAGUUCAAUUAAACAAUUCGAUCCACUCGUCAUUCAAGGAUUGCGAAUAUUCUCAAAAUCACCAGCAAAACUUCAAGCAACUGUUCUUGAUAUGCUUUGUCAAUUGUUAGAGUUUAACGUUAAUUAUAUGCAACUUGAUGCUAAGAAAGUGUUUGUUGACUUUGUGAUGAGACAAUUGGAGUAUCUCGAAAGUGGAUUUGUUAUUGACGGAGACGUUUUAGCACCAAAAAUUAUUCAUUUCUUGAUUUAUUUGACUAAAUUGAAAGACAAAAAGUUGACGACAAUUCCAAAGAUUAUUAACAUUAUUGACAAUUUAUUAGCAUCGACAAAUCCGACAGUGACAACUUGUGGAGUUGAAGCAUUGUUGAUGUUAUCAAUGGAAUUGUUCUUUAGGAAAACAAAUGUAAAAGGCGAACCGGAAGUUGUUGAAGUUCAUGUUAAGGAAACAAAUACACAACGUGAAGUCGUCAUCAGCAUGAUGUUGAAGUUUAUGCAUGUGACGAAGAUUCAAGAACAUCUUGUUUGGAUUCUUUUAAAGUCUCGAGCAUUUAAUUUUUCAAUUGAUGAAAAUGAAAUCUUUCAACAAAUUGUGAUGUGUGUGAAAGACAAAAAAUUAUUCGAAUCACAACUGAUUGGAAUUAUCAGCAAAAAUAUUUUGAUGGAAAGUAACAAUUUUGGUUUGAUUUUGGAUGCUUAUUGGAGUCUUCUUGAUGGAGAAAUCGAUCGAUCGACUAUUGAAACUUGUCUGAUGCUUCAAGAGCAAGCGAUAGUUAAAGUUGAAGAAUUUUAUUUAAUUAAUCAUUUGAAACUUCAUCAGAUGAAUCACAAUCAAAACGAAGAUGAAUCGCUAGAAAAUUUUCUCAUCUUACACCAUAAACUUCUUCUGAGAUGUUUAAAAGAAAAAAAUUUAAAGAUGAUUGAAAGAUUGUGGAAGUUUCUGUUGUUUAAGAAACAUCCAACAGUAUUGCAAGUCUUCAGUGUUCGAAUCAUGAAUACAAAAGAAAUUAUUGACAUUUCUUGUGAAAAUUUAAAAGUUUUUGAUAGUUCCGUAAAAUUUUUACUGUCAUUUGACACAACGAAAAAAGAAAUUUCUGAAAUAAUUGCGAGAAAAGAGGAAACAAAAGAAGCUUUCGAUGUUUCAAUUCAAUCGCUUUUGUCUGAUGACAAUCGAAAUGAAAAAGAAAUUGCAGAAAUGAUAAAGAAACAAGAAGACGCAAAUCAAGCAUUUGAUAAUUCGAUUCAACUUUUGUUGUCGACUGACAGAACGAAAAAUAAAAUUGUGAAUGAAAUUCAAAGUCACGAGAAAGCCAAUCGACAGAAAUUGAUGGAAAUUUUUUAUAAAAAUCUUUUCGCGAAGAGAAACGAUAUCAAUGCGUGGGAGAACGACGAACUUAUGGAAUUUUUCAAAGAGAAUGAACGUCUUGAAUGUCUUCUAAUGUUCAGUCAAAACAUUCUUCUUGACAGUUUACUUGAAGAUCAGGAAAUAUCGCGAAUCAUUCUCAAAAGAUUGACAGUUUUGGAUGUUCCAAUUGAUCGAGUGAAAUAUUUGUUGGAAAAUGUUCAUGAAGAUUGUUUGAUGGAGUCGUUAGAUUACGUGAUCAAGGAAACAAUGAAAGACUCAAAAUUCAGUCGAACGUUGCAAUUUGUCAUGGUGAAGAAAUUAAAUUCAAUUCGAAAUGAAAUCGUCAUGGGACGUCAAGAAAGUUUGAAAUUUUCUGAAGAUUCUUUGGAUAAAAUUAAAAGCUCGACGAUCAUGUGGAAAUAUCCGACAUUUGUUCAAACGAUUGAAGAAUUCGUUAAGUUUUUAAAAGCAAAAGACAACAAAGAUCAGUUGGAGAUCAACGUGAAUGAUUUAAAGGAAGUCAUCGACGAGUCUUGGUUCUUAUCACAAGCAAAAACUUUCAUUUCACGAUCUUAUAACGUUGCUGGUAAAUCAGAAAUUGCUGAAAUGCUUCUUGAAAUCAAAUCUGAAUCAAAACUUAUAACUUUGUUGACAAGUGACGACUUCAAUCUUAAACUUCUUCCUACAACUUUGAAAGUUUCUUUUAAGAAAAUGUUGGCGCAAUUUCAAGUUGAUUGCAUACAAAUUAAUCCGCAUUUGAAUUACAUGAAAGUUUCGCCACUUUUAAAGAUUUCAAUUUUAAUUCUUAUGAAGAAUUUGGAGAAAGCAAACGAUUGUGAUGAAGAAAUUGUAAAUUUAUUAGCUGAAGUCUUAUCAAUGUUUCUACGUUGGAUUAAGAAGCUUCACAACAUCAGUUUGAUGUACGUUGAAGCGAAAGUUGUUGAGAAGUUUAUUGGUGAAAAUCUUUUGAAGAAAUCAUUUUUCGAAACAAUUUUAAAGUUUUGGAAGUUUCUCGUUCAAAGAUUGAAAACAAAUAAAGGAGCAACAAACACAUCAAUCCUGGAAGUAUUGGAGGAAAAUCGAUUAUGGCAUGAAAUCAAUCAGAAUAAUGUCGAAGAUGUUGAAAAUCUUGUCACUUUCAUUUACAAUUUCCUUCGUGAUGUUUUCAAAAACACGGACUUUGUCUGUCGGUAUCAACACCCGCAAGUAUUUGACGAAUUGUCACAAGAUCUCGAAAGUAGAAUUCAAAUAGCGAAGCAAAUCAUUUUCAUCGCGAAACUUCAAGAAUAUUAUGAAGAUGGUGAGUUAAGCAACGUUGUGAUGUCAUCGAAGACGAGACAAAAUGUUGUGAAAUUUCUUGAGAUUUCAAGAUAUCUCUUGAGACUUGAUAAACUUUAUCAAUUUGCAAUCACGCCUUACGAGAUUCUGUUAAGCUACAGAUCGGGUGACGAUCUUCUCAUCAUGCAACAAGAAGGAAGUUUCAAGUUGAAACAAAUUCCAAUCGAAUAUUUGAACGAUUCAGAACUUCUCGAAUUUUAUAUUCGACGAAUUACUCGUUAUGGCUUCACACAACGACAGCAAUUUGAAGAAGUUUUCAUGACACUUCUCGUCUUACUCAACCAAUGGAAUGACAUGCAAGAUGUUGAAGAACAAAGUUACAUCAAACAGUUGUGUCUGCAGACGAAUGUUGAGUUAAUUAUUUCUUGUUUUUGUUAUCCUGAAAUUGGAUUUGGUGGAAAUUUGUUUUUCCAUCUUCCAAGAAGUGAAAAGAUUAAAAUGGAAAAUAUCGGAUUGAAGAAGCUUCAUCAUGUUCAGAACUCGUUAUGUUGUGACUUGAACGUUUUUUAUCAGCCCAAUUUGGAGAGAAUUAAUGGACAUAACAACAUGAUUGGCUGCACAUCCUUCGAAAUGAAUCAAUUUGCUUUGAAUUAUACUUGGCAGAUGAUUGAAAUGCGGGAAGAAGUUGCAUCGGCUGGUUCGAUUUUAAGUCGUAAUGUUGCUUAUUAUCAUGAGAAAUGUGGAGUUGACUUCAAAAGUGCUUUACAAUUAAUCUACGAUGUUAUGACACAAAUGAUUGAUGAAAAUCCAACUCUUGUGUUGCCGCAACUUGUGAAACUUGUCGACGUUUUAGAUAACUCGGAACAAUUUAAAUGGAUAAACAGGAAAAUGCUUUCGCUUUACGAAUUGAUUGCUUCUGAAGACACGAUCUCACAUCAACAUGUUGUGUAUCUUCUUUGUCGAUCAUCAGCAGUUCUUGUGCCGUCUUUAAGUGAACUUCAACAGCUUCAAGUGAUUGUCAAUAAAUAUUUGGGAUGCACUCAAAUAUUUGUGAGAAAUUCAGCACUUCAAGGACUUUUAUGUCUUUUCGAGUCGUUAUGCAAGACAAACACAGUCAUGGGUGGAAUAAGCGAUGAAAUGAAGUUACUCAGAAGUUGCAUUCUUAAUUAUACAAAUAAGAAUGGAAUCGUCAUGGAAAGCAACAUUUCAUCAUCCCAACAUAACAAGCUUAUCUGGUCAUUGAACUUUUACGUCAUUGAGAUGACUUCAAAGUUUCUAUCUGAAUGCGAUCUUCUAGUCGACUCGGUGAUUUCAGCGAAUAACGUUUUAAAGCGAACAAAUGAUUUAAAUUUGUUUUAUUUAAUUCUUAAUGGCUUGGAACGUCUCGUGAUCUUGAACAGUGACAAGAAAAUGUAUCGUGAAAAGAUUGAAAAGUUGUCAUUAGAUUUAAUGAAAAUGGACAAUAAACUUUAUUCUCUGGGAGGAUUGAAGCUUCUCGUCACUUGUCUCUACAUCGGAUCAUUAGAACAACUUGAAAACACUGAAAAGUCCAACGGAAUUGUUCAAGACGAACCAGAAAUAAUCAUGCAAUCGACAGAAAAGAUUGAAAUUUUAUUCACGAGAAUUCGGGUGGCAACAAUUGACGAGGCGAAGAUUUAUGGGAAAGUUUUGGGUCAAAUUUUAAAAGAUUUGUUGCCGCCAAAUGAGAUUUUAACAAAAGUUGUCAAGGAACUUUUGAUAAUGAGUCAAUCAAAUUGCGUAUGCAUUGCGACAAUAAUUCAUCAGGUUUUCCGUUCGGCAAUCGAUUCAUCUUAUCUUGUUCUUCUUCAAGAAUGGCUUAUCUGCUCUCUGCAAAAUUUCCUUACAUAUCCCAACAAUAAAAAAUCAAUUUGGUUCCUUUCUAUAAUUUUUCUUUCAUCAACUUUAAAUCAAAACUUAUUAAAACUUUUCCCAAUUCUUCUCGACGAAAAUUUACCAAUCAAUGAACUUUACCGAAUUUUUCUUGUGUCAGCUAAAGAUUUUUAUGAGAAACUCACGGAAAAGCAAAAGUAUUCGUUUAAAGAAGCGUUCAACAAUCGCAUUAAAUCUAAGGAAAUGUCAUCGUCUGCUUGUAGUUCAACUUCACCAUCGAACACAACAUCUUAUAAUAACAAAUUAUUUCACACUUUAUUGCAACAUAUUUAAAUUAUGCUGAAUUAUGUUAAACACAAUAGAAAUAAAUAUUUUUUCCAUCAUAACAUUGAA